GCCCGAGCGCGCGGGCGUCGCGGGGGAGGGGCGGGGCCUUCCGGCGCCACAGGAAAGUUCUGAGACGAAGCCCAGCGAGUCGCCGUUCCCGAACCAGCUGUUUCACCUUUCUUUUUUAACUCCGCCAACGGCUUCCAGCCCUCAGGUCCGGGUUGCUCCGUUGGUCAAAGUGCGUGAGGACUAGUUGGCAAAGUUGAGGGCAGCGAAGUCUCUGGGAACAGCUGUUUGCGUUCGGGGCGGAGGCGGCGCGCGAGCUCCUUGGUCACAAGCCAGCGAGCCUAAAAGGAGGGUGGAGGUUCGAGAUCCCAGGGAAGGAGAGCGAGAAAGCGGAAUGGCACGAGGACUUGAGGUUUGAGUUUCCUGUCCCUUAGCUCAGGUCCCGUCACGCUUUCGCUCCUUCUCGGUGACCUCAACUCCUUUAUACCGACCCCACCUCUCAGGAGCCUGGAGUACCGCCCCUGUAGGGGGAGGAGAAGAGGAAGAGAUUUCGAACGCGGAUUGAGUCGUCUGGGUACCCGUAGUGUGGAACCGGGGAACGCUGGUCCGUCCGGGAAAGGAGGGAGGUGUCCGGGCUCGGAGGGAGGUUCGGGUGGGCCUCACUCCAGGCCCUGCCCGACACUCCCCGCGUGGAAAGCACGAGCCUAACUUGGGCCCCAGGCGACGUGCGGAGCGGCUGGCGCAGUCAUGGCAGACUACUGGAAGUCACAACCAAAGAAAUUCUGUGAUUACUGCAAGUGCUGGAUAGCAGACAAUAGGCCUAGUGUUGAAUUUCAUGAAAGAGGAAAGAACCAUAAGGAAAAUGUGGCAAAAAGGAUCAGUGAGAUUAAACAGAAAAGCCUGGAUAAGGCAAAGGAAGAAGAAAAAGCAUCAAAGGAGUUUGCUGCAAUGGAGGCAGCUGCCCUGAAAGCAUACCAAGAGGAUUUGAAAAGGCUUGGCCUAGAGUCAGAAAUUUCAGAGCCAAGCAUAUCACCAGUAACCAGCACUAUCCCACCCACCUCUGCAUCAGAUCAACAAAAAGAAAAGAAGAAAAGAAAAAAAGAUCCUUCAAAGGGCAGAUGGGUAGAAGGCAUAACCUCUGAGGGUUACCAUUACUAUUAUGAUCUUAUCACAGGAGCAUCUCAAUGGGAGAAACCUGAAGGAUUUCAAGGAAACUUAAAAAAGACAGCAGUAAAGACCAUUUGGGUAGAAGGUUUAAGUGAAGAUGGUUAUAGCUAUUAUUAUAAUACAGAAACAGGAGAAUCCAGAUGGGAGAAACCUGAUGAUUUCAUUCCACACACUGGUGAUCUGCUUUCUAGUAAGGUCAAUGAAAAGUCACCUGACACCCUAGAAGAAUCCAAAUCAUCAGAUUCACAUAGUGAUUCUGAUGAGGAACAGAAAGCAGAAGAAGGAAAGGUCUCUACAGAAACAAAACAGCCAAAAAUAAAAUUUAAGGAAAAAAAUAAAAAUAAUGAGGAAGGAACUGACCCAGAAACACAGAAAGAAAAAAGUAUUCAAAAACAAAAUUUAUCUGGUCCAAAUGAAGAAAAAUCCAAAACUCUUAAAAAACCAAACCCAUAUGGAGAAUGGCAAGAAAUUAAACAAGAGGUUGAGUCUCAUAAGGAGGUGGAUUUGGAACUUCCAAGCUCUGAAAAUGAUUAUAUAUCAACUUCAGAAGCUGAUGUUGGUAUGGAACCCAAAGUGGUGUUUAAAGAAAAAACAGUCACUUCUCUUGGAGUUGUAGCAGAUGGAGUGACCCCAGUCUUCAAAAAGAGAAGAACUGAAAAUGGAAAAUCUAGAAAUUUAAGACAACGAGGUGAUGAUCAAUAAUUGUAAAAGAGCUUUUUGUAUUUGCUUUUUGGAUAGAAUGAAGACAUAUAUCUUAAAGCUCCUCUGUGUUUGUUUCUAAAUACUUUAUGCUAAAAAUUUAGAUUUAUUCUAAAUGUAUUUUAUGUGAAUUAAAAUAAAUCUUUUCUCAUGUGAAAUUAAUUUUUGUUCCUAAAAUGGAAGCCUACUACAUUACAUUGUAAUACAGUGUAUUAUGUUCAGUGUCUGAAAAUUGCUAAUUAUGUCAUAAUUUAAGAUGCUAUGUAUCUGUUAUUUAAAACAUGGAAAAAUAAGGCCUCUUCUAUUUUUAUUCAUAUGAACAGACUUAUACUUCAUUGAAAAUACAUUAGUUUUGCACACUAAUAUUCACCAUUAUCCAAGAAAUAAGAGAUGAUUUACAGCCCAGUGAUGAUUUGGUUCUGAGGAUCCUGUCAGAAGGCUGAUGUAGGAAGUGUAUGCAUAUUUCAAUUUAAAGUCAAAGGCCAAGAACCAGGAGCAGCUCAGAUACUUCAAAUGUAUUGCUUAAUGUGAAGGAAAAUUGGACCAAAGGUAGAAAUGUGUAUUCGUCCCAGUUCAGUUCAAAGCAACAAACGUUGCCCAAGCAUUUUUACUUUGAGCCAGGCAUUAUGCUAGGAACCUGGGGGUAUAAAGAUGAAUGAACUCCUGUUCUUCAGGAGUUCACAUUCUAGCAUAGUCCUUUUUCUCCCAAUCAUGUACUCUUUUUAGCAGCCUUAUAUGUACUGGAAAAUAUUUUUUAGGGUUUAUUUAAAUCUAUAUGUAGAUGAAAGCUUAAACUAAAAUAGUAAGGUCUCUAGCUUCAAUAAAAUUUUUGGAGUUACUUAGACAAAUUAAAAAUUUCACAUUUUCUGGUUGAAUCUCCAUUUGAAGUAGAUACCUCCCUUUAUUACUUUUACAAAUUCUUCAAAUUAUAUUUUUCUUAAGUUGUACAGUAUUUAACUUUUGGUAGUAAAUAUUUGUCUUUUUAAGAUUACUAGUGUACAUGUAAGAAAAUGUUAGCUUAUUAAAAACUUCAUGGAAGAGUAAA